AUGCAUCGACCAAGUCUGGCGCCACAACAAACUGCCAGAGUUAUAGAGGAGGAGAAAGAGAAUAUAAUUCCAUUACAAGGAGGGAGGCCAGUAACAAAAUUGGCGAAAACAUUGGUCACUACACGCAACCUUUCUCUUGAUGGAUUGAAAACAAAACUUCAACACGAACGGAAUCAGUUUGAACAGGAAUUGAAGGAUUUUGAAGAAUUGGACGAUCCGUUACAAGUGUAUUUGAACUACAUAGAUUGGACGCAUAGAAAUUUCCUCCAAGGGGCUAGUUCAUCAAGUGGAUUGUUUAGUCUUUUAGAACGGUGUGCAUCAAAGUUUAGAGACGUUCCCCAUUACAAGAACGAUUCUAGGUAUUUGAAGGUUUGGCUUGAGUACAUCGAGUACCAUGAUACACCUAGAGAUGCGUACAUAUAUCUAGCGACCAAAGGAAUUGGAACCAAAUUGGCUCGAUUUUAUGAAGAGUUUGCCCACCAUUUGGAGCUAAAGAAUAAAUAUGCAGAUGCGAACUGCGUUUACGAAAUAGGGAUUCAAAACAGUGCUUUCCCUCUCGGGCGACUCGAAAGAUCAUUUCAGAAUUUCAGAGAACGCUUGUCGGCAAGGAAUGUAUCCGUUUUGUCUCCUAGCGAGGAUAUAAGAAGGGCAUUAGACUUAAAACAGGGAAGGAGAAUUGAAUCCGAAAGUGAAAUGAAACCGAUCAAAAGGAGUAAAAUCGAUGUAUUUCAAGACAACGCGGAAACUGAUUUGAAUUCUAUACAAUCAGCAUUUGAGAACGAAAAUACUCUGGAUCAACCAUUAGAGUCUAGAAGAUCGCGUGUAAAAGAAAACACCAUAGCCCCAACGAGAUGGAGUGGUCAGAUUUUGCCACAGAAAAACAUUGGACCCGUUGUUGCGAGUGAGAAAUUGCAAAUCUAUUGUGACGACUCAUCCAACACUGCCAUUAUUCAAGUUGAAGAUACCGGGACUCACCGACUGAUACAGUCAUGCAAAGAUAGUCGCCAUGUGUAUACAUUAAUUGAGGCUCCAGGAAAAAGACCAGAAAAGGUAAUGUUAAACAUGGAGUUAUUAUACUCGAACGUGGACUCUGAAAUUAGCUCAGUUGAGUUGUUGGCUAUGCAGAGGAGAACUCUCCAGACUAGAGAGUCUGAAACAAAGCAUGAUAAGAAGACAACUCCAAGUAGUAACCGAGAAAUAGAUGCAGGAAAUUUCACUCUUCCUACGAUGGAUGACACAACAAAACUUGCUCCUAAGGACCCUACUGUUACCAUGUACUCAAAAAUGGCUAAAAACGAGGUGUUUGAUAUCUUCAAUCAAGCUUCGCAAUCAUGCGAUCAGAACGGCUUUACCGAUACCCGAAUUGACGACCCCACUAUCACGAAUUUCGAUGGUUUCGUCACCGAAACCAUGCACCCACAAAUGAAAGCUGUACAGCAGAAACAAGAGCCUUUAAUUCCAACUCAAGUUGAUGAACCCCAUACUCAUGCACAUGCCAUAGACCACGUAAGCUCUCCGUUCCGUUUCCACCCUUCAUCGAAGGAGGGGGCAGGAGAACACAACACGAAGAUUACAGAUCCUUACAAUGCAGACAUUAGGCGAGGAAUUUUGCAAAACUUGGUGAUCCCCUUGACCACAUAUCCUGGAUAUUCUGAUAAAACUGGUAAGAAUGCCAAUCAAUUUUUCAAAAUUUUGGAUUCCUUUGAUAAUUUCAACUCGCAAUCUUCCUCCCAUUCAAUGAUUAUCAGAUGCUUAGAGGAUGAGAUGUAUUCUUUGCUUUCAUGUUUGAAAAGACAGGAGCGUUCGCUUGUAUGUUUGGUUGAGUCGGAGUCAGGAUGUUUGAAGGUUUUGAAGAUUCAGCGACCAGCGACUUCGUGGGAAUACUUUAUACUUUGCCGAAUUCAAAGAAGAUUGCUAAAAUAUUUUUCACAUGAAAAACAGUUUGUGAGAGCAGAGAAAUUUUACAGCUUUAGCGAUGAAAGCUAUUUGGUGCUUGAACAUUACCCACAGGGCAAUUUGUUGGAUGUCGUUAAUACUUAUGAAACAAAAGGGAAACCAAUCGAUGAGUGUUUGGCAAUGUUUUUGUCGAUAAGACUACUUCAAGCCACUGAAGCUUUACACGGAAUGGAUAUCAUACAUGGAAAGAUAAGUCUCGAGAACUGUAUGAUCAAUUUUGCAAAAUGCGAAGAUAGAAACUUUUCCAAAAAUUUCAACCGGAACGGAAGAAAUGGUUGGGACAAAAAGCAACUCACGUUGAUAAACUUUAACGAAUCGAUUGACUUGACAGAAUUUCCAAAAGGAACUGUAUUUUCUUCGUUCAAUGAUCAACUCGACACCAACUUUAUGACGUGGAUGACUGCAAAUUCAUGGACUUUUGAAAUUGAUUAUUUUGGUCUUGCCAAUUCGAUUCAUAUUUUACUAUUUAAUGAAUGCUUGCAACUAACAGAAGUUGACGGCAAGACUCGAUUGAGACGUAGUUUAUCGAGGUUUUGGCAACCCGUAUUGUGGCAAAAACUUUUCAAUGAUUUGUUGAAUCCGACUAGCAAAACAGGUCAUGAGCCCAACACGUUGAAAUUGCGAAAGAUACGCGAAAAGCUUGAAGAGUGGUUAGAGGAUUAUGCAGAGGCUGGAAAUUUGAAAAGUGCCAUCAUCUCGCUCGAAAAGGAGAUGGGGUUGGCGUAG